UUCCUAUUUCGAUCACAGGGUUUAGGCACCACUGGCUAUAAGCCCCCCACAAAACCACAAACCAAACGAAAAACCCUGCGCCACCUCUUCCACCAUCAUCAUGGCACGGAUUGCCAGGUCCUCUGCGCCGCGCCUGCUCUACACCUUCUUCUCCUCCUCCGUGCCCCCGGCAUCCCCAUCGCCAUCUCCGUCUCCGGCGUCGUCCCUCCUUGCCGGCGCAUUCCACCUGCGGCACUUCUCGUCGGGCAACGCUGCUCGAGCGAGGGCGGCGGCGGCGGACAAGGAGCCAUGGUGGAAGGAGUCCAUGGAGCGGUUACGCAACAUCGGGAUCUCUGCUCACAUCGACUCCGGCAAGACAACUUUGACGGAGCGAGUGCUUUUCUACACUGGUCGUAUCCACGAGAUCCACGAGGUUCGGGGAAGAGACGGCGUCGGCGCCAAGAUGGAUUCCAUGGACUUGGAGAGGGAGAAAGGUAUCACUAUCCAGUCUGCUGCUACUUACUGCUCUUGGAAAGACUAUAAGAUUAACAUAAUUGACACACCUGGUCACGUUGAUUUCACCAUUGAAGUUGAGAGGGCUUUGCGUGUCCUUGAUGGUGCUAUUCUUGUACUUUGUAGUGUUGGUGGUGUGCAAAGUCAGUCCAUCACAGUAGAUCGACAAAUGAGAAGAUACGAGGUUCCAAGACUUGCAUUUAUUAACAAGCUUGAUCGGAUGGGAGCAGAUCCAUGGAAAGUUUUAAAUCAGGCACGAUCUAAGCUUCGGCAUCAUAGUGCUGCAAUGCAAGUUCCGAUAGGCUUGGAGGAUGAUUUUGAGGGACUUGUUGAUCUUGUGCAGUUAAAAGCAUACUAUUUUCGGGGUUCUAAUGGUGAAAAAGUUGUCACUGAAGAGGUGCCUGCAGAUAUGGAAGCCUUGGUAGCAGAAAAAAGGCGUGAGCUCAUAGAAGCUGUGUCAGAAGUUGAUGAUCAACUUGCUGAAGCUUUUCUUGGUGAUGAGCCCAUAUCACCUGCUGACCUUCAGGAAGCAAUUCGUAGGGCCACCAUAGCACGGAAGUUUGUACCUGUGUUCAUGGGUAGUGCUUUUAAAAAUAAGGGAGUACAGCCACUUCUGGAUGGUGUACUUAAUUAUUUGCCAUGUCCAAUUGAAGUUAGUAGUUAUGCCCUUGACCAAACAAAGAAUGAGGAAAAGGUUGAGUUGACUGGAAGUCCUGAUGGGCCACUUGUAGCGUUGGCAUUUAAGUUGGAGGAAGGGCGGUUUGGCCAGUUGACAUAUUUAAGAAUUUACGAGGGUGUGAUCCGCAAGGGCGAGUUUAUUAUUAAUGUAAACACCGGCAAGAAGAUCAAGGUUCCUCGCUUAGUUAGGAUGCAUUCUGAUGAGAUGGAGGACAUUCAAGAGGCUCAUGCAGGGCAAAUAGUUGCUGUAUUUGGUGUUGAUUGUGCAUCAGGAGAUACGUUUACCGAUGGAUCAGUUAAAUACACAAUGACUUCCAUGAAUGUUCCUGAACCUGUAAUGUCAUUAGCUGUACAGCCAGUUUCAAAAGAUUCUGGAGGUCAAUUUUCAAAAGCUUUGAAUCGCUUCCAGAAAGAGGAUCCUACAUUCCGUGUUGGUUUAGACCCAGAGAGUGGGCAGACUAUCAUUUCUGGCAUGGGAGAACUACAUUUAGAUAUUUAUGUUGAACGUAUUCGGAGAGAGUAUAAGGUUGAUGCAACUGUUGGAAAGCCCCGUGUAAACUUCAGAGAAACUGUUACACAACGUGCUGAUUUUGAUUAUUUACACAAGAAGCAAUCUGGAGGGCAAGGUCAAUAUGGACGGGUAAUCGGGUAUAUUGAACCACUUCCGGCAGGAUCACCAACUAAAUUCGAAUUUGAAAACCUCCUUGUUGGGCAAGCUAUUCCAUCAGGUUUUAUCCCUGCAAUUGAAAAAGGUUUUAAGGAAGCUGCCAACUCGGGGGCUUUAAUUGGACAUCCUGUCGAAAAUCUUAGAGUUGUCUUGACAGAUGGUGCUGCUCAUGCUGUUGAUUCUAGUGAACUUGCAUUUAAGUUGGCUUCUAUCUAUGCUUUCAGACAGUGCUAUACAGCUUCCAGGCCAGUUAUAUUAGAACCUGUUAUGCUUGUUGAGCUGAAAGUACCAACAGAAUUCCAAGGAGCCGUUGCUGGUGACAUUAACAAGAGAAAAGGUGUUAUUGUUGGCAAUGAUCAGGAAGGAGAUGACUCUAUCAUCACUGCCCAUGUCCCUCUUAACAAUAUGUUUGGGUAUUCUACAGCUCUUCGUUCAAUGACCCAGGGGAAAGGUGAGUUCACAAUGGAAUACAAGGAACAUUCACCUGUAUCUCAUGAGGUACAGACGCAAUUAAUAAACUCCUACAAGGGCAAGGCAGCUGAAUGAUCAAGUUUCGUAAAAGAACAUGGUCCUAAAACCUGGGACAAUCAUUUUUCAUGAAAGGAAGAAAUUGAAUUGUAUCAAUUAUACAAGGUAUAGGUUUGAUUCCUUUUUUUUUUUG